AUGGGCUCCAUGACCUGCAAACGCAAGCGAGAUGCUGCCUCGACCCGCAAGAGUGCCUCUGCCACUCCCAAACCAAACACCACAGCCGGUUCUGUGGCUGCUGCUGCCAAUGCUGCUGAGAUAACCUCCACGACUGGCCCCGAUACAACUGUUGUCCCGCCUCCCGAUGUCGCCCCUGGCGACUGGGCCGAUAUGGCCAUGGACAUCACAUGCUACGAAGGCAAGCCAAGCAGGGCCAUGGAGGCCCUUGGACAGAAGACUGCCGUGAGAGAACCAGUCUGGCGGGCCACCUACGACCCAGAGGAGAGCUUCAACCUGGGCCGUUUCGUUAACUGGGAGGCAUUGCAGGUGCAAUGCAUUGGUGCCGUGACUGCCUCCCCCUGCGAGCACUGCCGGCGUGGCUAUGGCCCUUGGGCACAGUGUGUUAUGCUCCAAGGCUACCUUCGUGGUAGCUGUGCGAAUUGCCAUUACAACUCUGAUGGCGCUCGCUGUAGCUUCCGCCCCCCUAAGACUGCCAAAGCUGCUGAGAAGAACACUGCAGCAGCAGCAAGUGUUACGACUGCCUCCGAAGCCCCCAGCCAUGCGCCUGCUCCCACCCCCAGUGCUGCUGUCCGUGCUGCUGCCACUGCUGCCCAGAAGCGGGCCAAAAAAUUACAUCACUUGUGCAGAACAACCGCCAUUGCCUGCGACGCGGCCGCUGUGGCCCUAGCUUCAGCUGCUAGGGUCAUGUCACACCUUGCACAGGAGUGUGUGGAUGAGGCUGGUAUACACGAGAAAGUGUACUAG